AUGUCAACAACUACAUCACUGAUGGAAUCUGACACCCUCGCGCCGGAUAUUACGGCUGCCACGAAUCUUGGCCAAGGGCUUUCCUACGAGCUCGUGUCAGAAGGGAAGCUUCAGACGUACCGCAUCACAAGGCCCGGUCCUCAGGCCGACUCUAUGUACUACAUUGAGACCCACGAGACGCUCUCUAAGCACAAAUUUGACCUCCUACUUCACCAAGGAGACUCUAAGGACGGAGACGUCCUCGGGGUUGUGAAAAUGCACCGUCGCGGCUUCACUAUCGGGCUUGGCGAUCCAGCCGGAGAGAUAGAGGGCAAGCAGAUGAUAUGGGAAAGAUUGGAACGGCCCGAGAAGUAUAGUCACAAGAUAUACUAUUUCGAUUUUGGAGCCGGGGCGCAAAGGAUGACAUACACAUACCGGAAAUCAUAUCGUGCACUAGGGAGGCUGAAGAGCAUGGAACUCCGCGCUGGAGGUGUUGAUGAGGAGGAUGGACAGCUCCUGGCAAAGUGGGUAGGAAGCAACUCUUGGAAGAUGAAGGCCGGCAGCUUGUUCAUCGCAUAUACGGCAAAGAGCGGACAAGAUCACAAUGCAGCUCGUGACGAAGAGACUAAGAAGUGGGAGAUGAUGGUUUGUUUGACCACAUUUGCAAUUAUUGAGAGUCAGGUCAGAAGGAGUAAGGGUUAA